AUGUUCGGACUCGGACAGACGUCGGCUGGAACCGGCUUCGGCACAGGCACCGCCGCGACGGGCGGCUUCGGCACAGGCACCGCCGCGACGGGCGGCUUCGGCACAGGCACCGCCGCGACGGGCGGCUUCGGCACAGGCACCGCCGCGACGGGCGGCUUCGGCACAGGCACCGCCGCGACGGGCGGCUUCGGCACAGGCACCGCCGCGACGGGCGGCUUCGGCACAGGCACCGCCGCGACUGGCGGCUUCGGCACAGGCACCGCCGGCUUUGGCGGCUUUGGUGCCUCCAAGGGCUUCGGCGCCGCAACGACUAUCGGGGGCCAGCCGCAGGUGCCCCCGUAUAAGGGGAUAAAGGGUCCGGGCUUCUCCACUGACUGGGCACGCAGCGUCAACUUCUCCACGCUGCGGGACGACGUUCUGUUCGAAGAGCUGCCACCGUCGCUGCAGCAGCACCUCAUGGAGCUGCACAACUUUAUCCAGACGGAGCACGAGGCAAAGGGGUUUGUGGAGAGCUUUCUCGCCGAUUCAGCGGGAGCCGCCACCGCCACCGCCGAUGCCGAUGCCUCAAGCUACAGGAAGCUGCAGAAGAAACUUGCCCAGCUGGCGGCGGGGGAGAACGCUGUGGAUGCGAUUCGCGUGGACUGCUUUGAGCGGGAGCUUCAGGCGCAGCACCUCGGCAUGCUGUUGCAGAAGUGCGAGGAGGAGGUUGUGCAGUACUCCAAGCAGGUCUGGGAGCCGCUGGCGGAGCAAGACCUGACGCAGCGGUGCGGUGGCAAUCAAACCGAGUUGCCCUCCGAGCCGUUUCAGCGCUGCCUCCGCGAUGUGCAGACGCGGAUGGAGGGCGUCUCCGCGGCGUUGACGGAGUUGGAGCUUGCCGUCCUGCCCAACGCUCAGCGCCAGAAACGGCUGGCGGCGGCUGGCAACGCCAGCGCCACCGCGGAGCCUGCGUCGUCCGCGCCGCCCCUCUCACGCUACACGGCAGAGGUGAAGCCACUCGACGCGGCGGGCGGCCUACGGCCCACGAUGGCCACCCACCCCAUCGUUCAGAUGAACACGACCCUCAGCAAUGAGUUGGCGGCCCUUCUAAAUUUGGCUGCGUGGUCGUCGCGACUGCACGCCAGGGCGGAUGCCGCCCGGGACCUCUUUGCCCACUUGUAUGGGGCCUCCGAGGCCGAGGUGCUGCUUGCCCAGCAACAGCGGCAGCUGCCGGUGGGGCCCAAACGACCAUUUCCGCUCGGCUCCGCCGAAACAUCCUCGUUUUCAGAGCUUGACCACUACACUAUUGGGGACAUCCAUAGACGCUCGGUCGGCCUGGACCGCUUGGGUGCCCUUAGCAGCGGGGAACGCAGAAUGCAGUACGACGUGCUUCUCGAGCGUCACCGACAAGCCCCCGCUCCUGCGCCUCUUGGCUCCACCAACACUGGAUUUGGUGCAGCAGCAGCUGCUGCUGGCGCUGCCGCAUCUGCUGCACCUGCGGCUCCUGCAGCCCCGUUUGCGGCCGCGACAACCACAGCCACAGCCACAGCCACAGCCACACCUAGCACUGCCGCUGGCGGCUUUGGCGCGUCGGCUCCAGCUGCAAGUGGAGUUGGGGCCCAGGCUGCAGUUAGUGGCUCGCUCAGUACACCUGGCUUUGGCAGGGCUACAACUAGAAGAGGUCGCACAUGA